UAACCAAUGAUACCGUCGUCUUAGGGUAAUUGACCUUCACGGAUUUUCGGUUCUCGAACCUGUUCUUGUUGUUCUUAGAUUUAAAUGAUGGAUGAACGUGACGAGGCGGAGCUUUCCAAUAGGCAAUAGUCUUUGGGUCAGCAAGAAUUUUUGUCUUUAACCAACAGGUUCGAAAUCGAUGAGUAUCGAAAGCGAAAAGUGGUAAAAGUGAUUAUCAUCAUCAUAAACAAUAACAAAUCUGUUUCAUUUCAGCCGUCAAAAUUGUCAUUUUUGAAUGUUGACUGUUGUUGUUUAUUGUUGAUAGAUGUUUGUUGAGUGUGAAUAUUCAAACGAUAAUUGAUGAAUGUUUGAUAUCAAAUGGCCUAAAUCUAAAAAUUUCAAAUUCAAUUGAAUAUGAUGAAUUUAUAAUCAAUUGAGCCAUCAAAUCAACAGCAACAAAAAAAAAAAAAAAUAAUAAACAACGAACUAACAACCGACGAUAUGGACGAAGUGGAAAGCAUUGAAAAUAUUGUCAUAAUUGCCAUCAUAAUUCUGUUGGUUGUAUUUGCCGGUUCAUUAAUAGCAUUGAUUAUUAUUUGUUAUCAACGAGGCAAUUACCUUAAUAAAGGUGAUUUCUUUUUUCGUACAAAAUCUUCAUUUCAUCAUUUCAAUGAUGAUGAUACACGCUUCGGUCUGGAUCAUACACAUCUUAUUUCACCGAAAGGUUUUUCUGUUUCAAAUGUAAAACGUGUUGGUAAAAAGAAUGGUAAUAUUACCGCCGCUAAUAUGGAACUGGAUGAUGUAAGGCUUCAUCCGAAUAUCGAUCAAAUAUUAUCGAAUACACAAUGGGUUGAUGAUGCUACCGGUUUGAUUCCACAUUGUCUUGCUUUAUUGAAAGGAUGUCAUCAUCUUACUGAACGUUUGGUUGCGGCAACAAUGUCAGCAAUGCCAAGAUUUACUGAAACUGAACAACGAAUGAAAUUAUUCGAAAUUGGUCGUGUAGCACCUACAAUAAGUGCACGUGUUGAUGAUGUUGUCGAAGCUAUGUAUCCACCAUUAGAUCCACGACUACUCGAAUCUCGUUGUUUAUCAUUAUUACUUUCGGUAUCACGAUUAGCUAUUGUAAUCAUUUAUACAUGUGCUAUUCGUGGUAAAUGGAUCGAUGAUGAACUCAAAGGUUUGGAGCUACAGCUAAAGAUAUUACACGAAGUUGGUCAAACUUUACUGGUCAAUGGCGAUGAUGCGCAUAAACCACCUAUCCAAAAUGAUAAUAAUCCAGAUACAGAGAGCAAUAACGUUGGUAAUAACAAUCAACAAAUAGAUGGCUCAAAUAAAGUAGAAUCAAUCCAAUGAU